UUUGCCUUGUUUGGGGACAGUAGGAAGAUGGCGGCGGCCCCGCUGUACUGUGUCUGCCGGCAGCCCUACGAUGUAAGCCGGUUUAUGAUCGAGUGCGACACCUGUAAGGACUGGUUUCACGGAAGCUGUGUUCAUGUUGAGGAGCAUCAUGCUGUGGAUAUCGAUGUUUACCACUGUCCCAACUGCGAUGUCAAACACGGACCCUCCCUGAUGAAAAAGCGCAACAACUGGCACAGGCACGACUACACGGAGCCAGACGAUGGAUCAAAACCAGUGCAGGCGGGGACUUUAGUGUUUGUCAAGAAGCUCCAGAGCAGAACCUUCCCCAGCGCCGAGGAGAUUCUGAUACGAAUGAGGGGUGAACAAGUGACCACCCGAUACCUGGAGAGACACGGCUUCAACUACCCAAUCGCGAUCACUGAGAUGGAGGGCCUGGGCCUGAAACUACCCCCACCCACGUUCUCCGUCAAAGAUGUGGUGCAGUAUGUAGGUGGUGACAAAGUUAUCGACGUGAUCGAUGUGGCCCGGCAGGCUGACAGCAAGAUGAAGCUCAGCGAGUUUAUCAAGUAUUUCACGAAACCCCACCGACCCAAGGUCCUCAAUCUCAUCAGCCUGGAGUUCUCUGACACCAAGAUGUCAGAGUUGGUAGAGGUUCCUGACGUGGCUAAGAAGAUGUCCUGGGUGGAAAACUACUGGCCGGACGACUCGUUCUUCCCCAAACCCUUUGUCCAGAAGUAUUGCCUUAUGGGAGUUAAAGACAGCUACACUGAUUUCCACAUAGACUUUGGAGGAACCUCAGUCUGGUAUCAUGUUCUUUGGGGUGAGAAGAUCUUCUACUUGAUCAAACCCACUCCCGCCAACCUUGCACUAUAUGAGGCCUGGAGCUCCUCGCCCAAUCAGAGCGAAGUGUUCUUCGGGGACAAGGUGGAGAAGUGCUACAAGUGUGUUGUUCCCCAAGGAACCACCCUGCUCAUCCCUACAGGCUGGAUCCACGGUGUUCUCACCUCUCAGGAUUGCAUGGCAUUUGGAGGGAACUUCCUUCACAACCUCAAUAUUGGCAUGCAGCUCAGGUGUUAUGAAAUGGAGCGUCGUCUAAAAACUCCAGACCUCUUUAAGUUUCCGUACUUCGAGGCCAUCUGUUGGUAUGUGGCUAAAAACCUCCUUGAAAUGCUAAAAGAGCUACGUGAAGAUAGCUGUCCACCACCUACCUACCUUGUAAACGGAGUAAAGGCUUUAAUCAGUGCUCUGAGGACUUGGUUAAAAAGAGAGGUGACAGAGCCCUCGAGUGAGGUCCCAGAUAACAUCAGGCCUAACCAUCUGAUUAAGGAGCUGACCAAGGAAAUCCGCUACGUGGAGGAGGAACCAUUAAGUGGUAGUAAGCCAGUCAAAUCUCAGGGAUGUGGAAUACCGUCUGGAAUGAGCGAGUGCCUCACAACUCGCUCUUUGGAGAGGCUGUGCCAGGCGCGGCGAGCAAGAAGGGCCGCCAGGCGGCUGAGGGAGCAGCAGGGGCAGGCCCCCAGGGUGCCCUCCAACCUGGACAUCUUGGAGCAGCACACCAGGGAGGUCCUGAAGCGGCUGGAGGUGGGACCUCUAGAGGAGGAUCCAGGGUUUUCUGCCAAGGUUCAUGCGAAAUUUAAUAAAGUUUCAACGGCAUCUGCAGCAGCUGUGGCCGAGGCGCUGGAGGACAACCACCUUCGGCUCAUGAUGGUCAACGGAAGAAUCAUCAGAGAUUUAAGGCGACCAGGCAGCAGUCCUGUAAAGACGGAGGACGAGCAGCCGUCUGGUGUCCACGGCUCAUUAAAGAGUUGUGUGGUUGUGAAGCUGGAGAAGACGCAGGGCGGUCCAGAGCAGCGCAGCACAGCUGAAAAACCCACGCUCCUCAGGGGUCUGGAGACGGUGAAGAAUGAACUCAGGGAAGAAGUCUCAGGACACUCCAGUGUGUCGGACGUGGAGUCGGACAGCGAUUCUCCCACAGAACGGAAAGUAUCAUCGUCAUCCUCUUCGUCUUCGGACGACGAUUCUGAAAGUUCCCAGGAGGAAGAGGAAGAGAGGGGCUCAUCUCAGCAGAUGGGCUCAGGGCAUACCAUCGAGCUGGACCAGUCUGGCCAGAAUCUCAGGCACAAACACGAACCACUCAAACGAGAACGUCCUACCUCACCCAGCACCGAAGAGGCCAUUCAGGGGAUGCUGUCCAUGGCCGGUCUGCUCUGCUCCUCCAAGCCRGGUGAGGUGUCGUCGCCCCGGGAGCCCUGGUGGUCCAGCCCGAGCCGGCGCUCGCCGCAGGAGUCGCCGCAGCACAGGCUGCAGGGGGGCAGUAGCCCCAUGGACAGCCAGGGCAACAGCAGCAGCGAGACCUGGGACAAUCAAGGGCUGCCCAGCCCAGAGACAGACUACCAGUACUGUGACCCCUCCAUGUCCCCACCGCUGCACCCUUCGAAGAGGCACGCCCCCAACCCCCCACCUGUCAGCAAUCAGGCCACGAAAGGUAAAAGGCCCAAAAAAGGCAUGGCCACAGCUAAGCAAAGACUGGGCAAGAUCCUAAAACUCAACAGACACAGCCGCGUCUUCGUGUAACCUUCUCUCCCCCCUGAAACAUUAAAAAAAAAGAAAAAAAAAACGUUCUGAUGAUUUAGGGCUUACUUGAAGAAGGAAGAGAAAAAAUAAAAUUUUUGUAUAUUUGCUGGAAAACAAGGGGGGUUUAAACCCACUGCCUGCAGACGACCAGAACAAAUCUCGACAUGUAAAAGGCGCUCACUGUGCAUGCUGAGGAGACAGGGUAUCGGAUCUGAAACAAGCGUAAUGCACGACUUCACAACAAGCACACUACAAAACAAAACAAACAACAACAAAAAAAAAAAAACAGCAACGGGAAGCGGAGAAAACGUGGACCGAAGCUUCCGAGGGCAUUCAAAGAGGACGAAGACAGAAAUGCUUCAUCCAACAGGGAGACGACAUCAUCUGCAUCACUCUGCUCAUGUUUUUUUUCUCCUCUCCUGAUUUGCUUGCUUCUCUGCAAGCUGAACAAGACGAAGCAGCAUUUGACCCUGGUGGUGAGCGGGAAACGUGGUGCUACCUUAAAGAAAGCAGAGGCAGUGAACUGAUAUUUCAAAUGGUGCUUUUUUAAUUUUAUUUUUCUCCUCCACUCGCUUCUCUAAGCCCCCACCUUCCCCAACUUUUACCUCCCUUUUGAUCUCAAUCACACCAGCAAUAAUGACUCUGAGGGGGGAGGAAAGGAGAGGCAGCACUGCGACGCAUCGUGUUUCGCUGGAAAGUCCGGAGCAGACUUUGCACUAUUCGGUGCAGACUUUACUCUCUUCUGCACUGUUUAAUUAGUUUAAAAAAAGAUAGUUGCUCAAAGUGCUGCCUCUCUAUGAAUUAGUUUUCAAUAGGAAUUGAGUCGUUUACCUUUGAAGCGACUCAUUUAAUUUAUUUUUCAUUUGAUCUGUUUUUUGCGUGUUAUUUUUAUGGAAUAUGGUGUAUUUAUUAAUUGAAAGAAUCAAUGAUUUUAUUCUGAAAUGACAGUGAAAUCUCAGCUGUUCUGAGGAUUAUUUUUGUUUCUUUGUAGGGGGUUAUUGUUUAAUCUUUUAAACUCUUUCUUUGUAAAUGUGGAUGUUUUAGUCUGUCAAGUAGCAGUUUACCUACAGAYUUUUAUUACCUUCUAUUUGUCAUGAACGACUUCCUGCCCCAGUUGACUUGA